CUAGUCGGCGCGAAGCAAGCGUCGAUCAGUCGGUAGCGACGCGUCCCGGGCGCAAGUCGCUUAAUUAGCGAUGUUCUUUAGUGUUUUUCGCGACUGUGGCCUUCGGGCAAACGCUCGCGAUGCUGCUCCUUAUCAUCAUCCCCCGUUUCGCGUUGCCAUUGGCACCCUCCUCGUCAUCCUUAUUCUUAUAUCUUCACAGCCGGCUUUCUCGCAAGAAAGUCUGGCGAAUCGUAUGAGAGUGAUCAGCGAAGAUCUUGAUCGGCAAUUGAAUGAUAUUAUGGCCUCGCAAGCUGUUAAUUAUACUACCGUCAACACGACAGGACUACCCUACAACGCCACCACCAAGUUCAAUCCUAAAGGAAUGGGACAGCUUUACAACGUCACCAACAUGUUCAUCGAUGUUGUUCAAAGUAAACAGGCUUAUCCAGAAGGAAUGAUCACCGUAAUAUCCAACACCCCAGUCUUCGUGGAUCCUUGGCACCAGUGGAAGAUAAUAGUGACCCAUUACGGUGGUUUAGCCGGUCUCGCUUUGAUCGGAGUUCUCCUUGCAGCCAUUCUUCCUUGCAUCGGCCUUUUUUUUUGCUGCUGCAGAUGCGCCGGACAUUGCGGAGCCAAAAAUCAGCCCUUCGAUAAAAAGCACGAUCAUUGUAGAAAAAUAAUGCUCAGCAUUAUUCUCAUCGGGGUGGCAACUAUUAUUCUAUUCGGCGUUGUUUGCGCGUUCGUUACGAACGAAUAUAUGCAAGACGGUACCAAGGAACUUCCUAGCAACGUUAAAACUAAUUUAAAAGACGUUAGGCUUUAUUUAUCCACGACAAAACGUGAGAUAAACACCGUUCUCAAAACCAAUUACGGCGAAUUAGAAAUCACGUUGAACAACAUAUUGCAAGCAAGCGGGAGAAUAGUAACCGAGCAAUUAGCCGAGUAUUCUCACGCGGUUUCCUUGACAAAUUUGAACGACAUCGUGACCGGUUUGGAAUCGAUCAGGGAAGAGCUACGUUCUAUGAAUAGGAUAACGCAAGAAUUGAGGAUGAACGCUACUCAAUUGGACAUCGUUGUGCGCGGUGUCAAGAACAAUCUGCUUUAUACGCUUCGCGAUUGUACGAGCCACAACUGUAAACAGAUCUUGCACGACUACAAGGUGAAUCAAAUGUCGGUCCAAAUAGAGUUCGACAAGUACAUGGACCGAUACUUCCCAAAGCUUCACUCUCUACCAGACCUUACAUCCGCUCUUCAUAACAUUACCAUACUGAUGGAAAGUAAUAUCGUGUCGGAAGUGAGUCAGGGUAGAGAAUCCUUCUUAAAAAUUCAGAAGGACAUACAGCAUGCGGUGAAUCAAACGAUUCCUGUCGUUAGCGCGAGCAUUAGAAGAGCUGGUGAUUUUCUGGCAAGCAUAGCAAACAACAUGACCAGUUUAAUCGAUAGAAUAAACGUCAACAUCGACAGGGUUAACAUUCAACAUUUAGAAGUGGCACGUAGUUACGUCGUCCAGUACUCGCCAUAUAGGUACUAUCUUGGCCUUGGAAUUUCGGGUAUUCUUUUGACCGUUUUAAUGUGCUUAACGUUUGGUCUCCUUUGCGGAAUUUGCGGUAAACGACCGGAUGGAUACGGUGAUGACUGUUGUAAUAAAGGAUCCGGUGCACGGUUUCUUAUGAUGGCCGUAUGGAUAAUCUUCCUUUUGACAAGUGUUUUAAUGGUAAUCACAGUGGUGCAUAUGAUAACAGGAGUUUUAGCCCAACGAGGUAUUUGUGAACCAUUAAAAAAUCCAAAGGACAAUAGAAUGUUCAAAUUAGUAGACGAGAUAGUGCAGAUCCGAAAAAUAUUCGAUCCCAAAAAUCCUAAUUUUGAUAUCAACAUGAGCUACAUAAUCACCAAAUGUCACGCUAAUGAGACUCUAUACAACGUAUUGAAGCUGAACAAUUUGUUCGACGUCGAUACCUUACGCAAUUAUGCAGGACGGUACGACAUUAAUAACACGAUUCAACAGUUGCGUCGUAAGAUAAAUCUGUCACCAGGUGUAGUGAUUCUGAAGGAGAGCGCCAGAUCGAAACUCAACGAUCUGGCGCAAAGUGGUCUGAGCGAUAUCAAGUUUUAUCAGUAUGCCGAACUUCUUGCCGACAAUAUAACAAAUAUUAAUUUGGAACACCUGGCGUCGAAAUUAAGAGAUGUGUCCACAAAAUUGUCGUCAAACCAAGAGAACAUAAAAGAUAGCCUUUUGAAGAAUGCUCAUGAUUUGGAACAUUAUCACAGAGACCUUGUGGUACCUAUGGCAACGUUAAGCGAGAAACUCAGCGAGAAUGCGUUAGCUCUUCAAGAAAGUAUCAAAUUUAAUCAUAGCUCGAUGGCCGAGGCUAUUCACAACUUGGUCGAUGAAGUUACGAAAGCUCAAACAUUUUUAAACAAGGACGGACCGGAAUACGUUCAAUACCUUGCUACGAAAUUUGGUAACGCUUUUCUUCAUCAAGUUGACGACUUCCUCGAGCAUGUAAUUGACAGUGCUCAAAACAAAGUUGGCAGAUGUCAACCGGUGUCAAAUGCUUACAACGCAACUCUUGUAGCUGGAUGCAAUAAGAUUUUAGAUCCAUUUAAUGGUUUCUGGGCAAGUGUUGGUUGGUGCUUGAUCCUUUUCCUACCAACGAUAGUACUUUGCGUAAAAUUGAGUGCUUUGUAUCAAAAGUCCGAUCCAUAUCCAGGACCUCUUGUCGAAAAUGACUAUUUGUAUGACGCGUACGCAGACAGGGAUAACAUACCCCUCGCUCACGUACAUGAUAAAAAACAUGUCUCCCAUGGCAGACAUCAUCCCGCGGCUUACGUUGAAAGUUACGAUGGUCCAGCUGUUGGAUACAGCGAUCGUGAAAGGGUCACAGAUGCUCAUCAAAGUACAUCCCAUCACGAUUCUAGAUACUCCGAUUUAGCGCCGAAUUUCACCUUAUCGUGGCGUAACCACGAACAUAUCGCCCCUACUAAAAGUGAACCUCACAAUAAAGUCUUUAGUGUAUCGCUAGAGUCGCAAAAUUGGGACUUUCCAAAUGGUGGACCACCAAGAUAUCAACCCGCUACCGUUGCUCCUCCCUUAAGUACAGAAUACGAACGUCCACCUCCUUAUUACUAUCCUGGGCCAGGGGAUAGAAAUUAGGACACAAGUACCGUGGCAUGCACGAAGGCAGCGCUUAACAGUGUAGCAACUCACAGCCUUACGCGCAGUUACAAAAGGUCAUUAAAAAAAAAGAAAAAAAAGAAAAAGAAUAAUCAGUCCGCUUGCAAGCGAGACUACGUUUGAUCAUCGUUGUUCUUAGGUGUGCCACGGAUCGGCCAAACGCGAGAAUAUUAUUAUUAUUAUUAUUAUUAUCAUUAUUAUUAUUAAUAAUACUAUUAU